CACAUACGGAUCCUGAUGGAAAGUUAAUUGUGAAUGAAAAGUAUAGUUUUCCAAAAUCUGAUGUAUAUAUUAAAGAAAUUCAAAAAGAGAUUUCAGAGCAAUUGAAAAUCCAGGAACAAAACAAAUUGGCUAAAUCGCAAGCUACAAACAUAGUUAUCGAUAAAGGCGAUCAAAUUGCUAUCUCACAAAAUCACAAUGUAACUGACGCAUCUGAUGUAUCUACAGCGGGAGUAGAUAUUCAUUGUUCGACAACGGAACUCAGUGAUGAAAAUUUGGUUGGGCAAACACUUAAAGACGAUAACGAAGGAGUUUGUGAAACGAAAUCAGAUGAUAUCGUUUUAACUAACGACUUUGGAGAAUCAAGUGAUACUCCCGAUGUACCACUUCGUGCCUGUGAAAAGAAAAAGAUAUCAUUCAAAGACAAGUUAUAUCUUGCUCCAUUAACUACAGUUGGUAAUCUUCCUUUUCGUCGCAUAUGUAAAGAAUUUGGAGCGGAUAUUACAUGCGGUGAAAUGGCAAUGGCCACAAAUUUGCUUCAGGGACAACAAAGCGAGUGGGCAUUAUUGAAAAGACAU